AUGUCAUUCUCCAGCUUCUAUGAUCAGCCACUUCGACAAAUUCUUUCCGAAGUCACUAAAUCAAGCCGCCGCAAAAAAGCCCGCAACGAUGCGGAUAUCUUAGCCACGUCAAGCAAAGCCCUUACAGAUAUUGCAGUGGUAGCUCCACAAAAUGACUUCGUCGAUGCUACUCCAAAAUUAAAUGAACCUUCCCUGCUUAGCAUCGACCGGGCCCUUCACCAGAUUAAGAUCGCGCGGGAAUUACUUGGAUAUGAGAGAUUGGCGCCAAAUGAUUCCGUUUCAGUCAUUACUACCAAGACCGAACGAUGUGGCACUGUACAAGCUGUUGCCGACGCAGGGCUUGAUCGAAUCAGGGCCGCUCACUUUAUAUCUGACGUUACAGAUUCACCAGUUGAGACCUCUCGGAAAGUAUCUGGGAGUGAGAAAGCUGUAUCAAACGCAGCGGUUUCGAUUGUUCCGGUCAAAUUCGAAAAGAAUAGUGCCGUUACAAUGGCUACUGAUAUAGGAAUUGACCGAAUUAAGGCCGCUCUCUGUUCUCCUGAUGUUACAGAUUCAAGUGUCAAAGUCGCCAAUCCCACUUCCGACGAAGCAGUCUCACCUAUUAAAGUCUGCAAGUACUUCUUGAGUCGCAAAGGAUGCAGAUACAAAAACAACUGUCAAUCCAUUCACGAUCACGAUGCCAGGGCUAAGCUUAGGGAGCAAUGGGCGGCCGACGAUGUCAAGAAGAAGCUCGAGCAAGUUCGCACUAAUCAACAGACUUCCUCUACAAGAGAAGUCCUUGCACCUAAGGGCAACAAUUUAAAUAUCCCUGUUGCUGUCGCUAAACCUUCAAAGCCCUCCCCAAAACGCCCAUCAAAGAAGAAGAGGCCAGCUUGCAAAAACUUACAAUCUCCUGAUGGUUGUGUUCGGAAGAAUUGCCCAUUUCCACAUGAUGAACCGGAAAAGCUCAUUGACGACACCGUUCCUGGUGAAGCCCCAGAAGUUUCCAACAGCAUUUCAAGCAGUCAAAUCCCCAAAUGUCCUAAAGCCAUAUCACACAAACGUAAGGUCAAGAAAUCUUCCAAAGCCACGGUGGUUAAAACUUCUGAGCCUGAGCAGAUUUUUUCGGCUGCCAAACCUAUUAUAUGGGAAGGCAAUCCUAAUUUGGGUGACGAAGCCUAUUGCACCAGUGCUGUUCUCCAAAUAUUUGGCAAAUUCGCUCCGACAAAAGAGGAAGCUAUUGAAUGGUGUAAAGAGAUGGACGUGAAUCGAAACUUUCGACAUUUCACCAAUUUUGACGAUCUUACUAUGUGGGGUCGGGCCAUUAAUCUGAAUACUGAUGAGUUUCUAACCCAUAUCGGAUAUCUACCAGAAAUACUUGUACGAUUCACACUCAAGACGCAGCUCUAUAUCAAAAAACUUAGAGCCGUAUAUGAGGCAGAACAGGCGAGACCAAAGUAUGAUACUUUCCAUCGUUUUGAUGACCUUCCUAACGAGCUAUGUAUGAAGAUCUGGGGAUUUGCAGUCAGAAGUGGGAGGACUCUUACAGUCAGUAUUAACCAGGAUGCGAUCUAUACUGAAGGGGGACCUGGUCUAUUCAAACGUCGACGUGGAACUUCACCUUCACCAUUAUGGCUUGUUAACAAGCAAGCGCAGAAGGCAUGCAUGUUAGAUAAAAGCUGUGCAUUCUACUUUGGCUGCGAUUAUUUCUCCUCGAGAUUCGAUACAUUAUUUCUCAACGAUACCGCAGAAAAUGUCAGUCUUUAUGCCACUCAAAUUGCCUUGUGGAGAGGCAACGUUGUACAACGAUUAUCCUUUCCUCAUUACAGACUUUGCGACAUCACAGAUAUGCGUCUCUUUGCCACCAGUCUCUACACAGCUUUCCCAAACCUUAUCCGCCUCGAAUUCAGUCUUUCAGAUGGGGAGUACUGGUCCAAAUAUCGAGAAAAGGCUCCUAAAGUCGUCGAAGCAGCUGGUACUGAAAUUGCCAAGGUAUAUAAGAGACGUGGUGCUAAUAUCAAAUUACCACGUGUUCGUUUUGCCCUGGUACCAGAAAAACAAGCCAUGGGAAUGGGUAUCGGUGGUAUUGGAUGGUAG